AUGGCACUGGCACACCACAAAUUUAUGAUUAUUGUUCUAUCGGAGCUUCUUGCUAUUAUUGCUCUUGCCAUUGCUUUAAUUUUUUCAUUUCUACAGUGGCGGAGGCGUCGGCAAAGACGGGCACAAAGGUGCGCAGAGUCCUCGAAUGCAUUCCUUAGAAUGUUCAGUUACGAGGAGUUGAAGACCAUAACUGGGAAUUUCAGAAAUAAGCUGGGCAGCGGCGGAUUUGGUUCAGUGUUCAAAGGAACUCUAACAGAUGGUACGCUUGUAGCCGUAAAGAAACUGGAGGUUUCAAAGCAAUGUGAAAAGCAAUUCCGAACGGAAAUCAACUCUGUGGGAAUCACAAAUCACAAGAAUUUGGUGAGGCUUAAAGGAUUUUGUGCACAAGGAUCACGAAGAUUACUGGUUUAUGAUUACAUGUCCAACGGAUCUCUAAAUUCUUUCCUUUUCACAAAGAAUUCAAAACGGCAAUCGAAGAUACUGGAUUGGAGAACCCGAUUUGAGAUCGCAUUGGGUACUGCAAAUGGAUUACUUUAUCUGCAUGAAGAAUGCAACGAUCGCAUCAUUCAUGGCGACAUAAAGCCUGAAAACAUUCUGCUAGAUAAGGGUUUUAGUCCUAAGUUGGGGGACUUCGGCUUAGCAAAGCUUGUAGCUAGAGAUUUCAGCGAGGUACUAACGACUACCAGAGGAACGAGAGGAUACUUGGCUCCCGAAUGGGUCUCUGGCCUUCCCAUCACCCCCAAGGUUGAUGUCUACAGUUUUGGCAUGACUCUCUUGGAAAUCAUAUCAGGCCGAAGAAAUCUGGACCUAAAUGUGCAAGAAUCAAGUAGGUGUUACCUUCCAGCUUGGGCUAAAGAGCAAAUUUGUCAGAGAAACAUGAUAAAUAUUGUGGAUAAAAGAAUUGCAAGUGAUGCAGAUGUCGAAGAGGUGAGAAGAGCUGCUCUGGUAAGUUUGUUAUGCAUUCAAAAUGAUGAGAAUGUCAGGCCAAACAUGGCACAAGUGGUGCUGAUGCUUCAAGGUAGGAGAGAGGCUUACACCCCACAGAUCCCAACCGUGACGAACCAGCGAGUAAAAGACGGAGGGAGCACAGAUAGCGAUAGCGAUAGCGAUUGUAUUGUUUGA